CGGAUGUCCACCUCACUUUAGCGCGGGUGUUGUUCGUCCCACGCUCACUCACGGCUGCUUCCAUCUAUCCCUGCACUUCUCUGCGCUCAUCAAUUAGGCACAAAUUAAGCCGUUUCUGGAUGCUUUAACCGACACCCUUCCAGAACUUUGAAGAGGAUUGUUCUCCGUGGACGAGAGGCCCGGAUAAGUUUUGUUUUUCGGAGUGCAGGGGGAAAACGGUUAAGAAGAAGCGGAACGCAGUCAUGCCCUCAGUGAUGGAGCGCUCGGGGGCUGGGGUCCUGUCCAGGAGCAGAGCCAAAACAGUCACCAAUGGAAACAGCCAACCACACUCAGAGGAGGAGAGCAGCGACGAGGAGCAUGCUCAUGACAGCAUGAUUAGAGUUGGAGGAGACUACCAAGCCCAGAUCCCAGAGUUCAAACCAGACAGUCCGACCCGGUACAAUGAGAAGGACCAGAGGAGCAUGCUGGUCUGGUGUCCCAACAGCCAGCUCUCAGAUACAAUGUUGGAUGAGUACAUCCUGAUGGCUAAAGAAAAACAUGGAUACAACAUGGAGCAGGCGUUGGGGAUGUUAUUAUGGCACAAACACGAUGUGGAGCGCUCACUGGCCGACCUGGCCAACUUCACGCCUUUUCCAGACGAGUGGACGGUCGAGGACAAGGUGCUGUUUGAGCAGGCCUUCAGCUUCCAUGGCAAGAGCUUCCACCGUAUCCAGCAGAUGCUUCCAGACAAGCUGAUUUCCAGCUUAGUGAAGUACUACUACAGCUGGAAGAAGACCAGGACCAGAACCUCCGUCAUGGACCGACAGGCCAGGAGGCUCAUCAACAAGAGAGAGAAGGAUGACAGUAAUGAUGAGAUUGAGGAAGGGGAACCGGGCAAUGAGAGCGACUUUGAGAUUGACGCCAAGAAAGAGGCAGUGAAGCAGAACCCCAGCAGCACCAGCUCAGACAAAGCCACCCCCAGCCGGUCUGGGCCGGUGAAGAAGGAGAGUAUCGGGGCUCAGUACAGACACCAUCCCCUCAGAGCUCGUCGCAGACCACCCAAAGGGAUGCACCUGGACCAGGCGGACAUCACGGCUCUGUCCACCUCCAACGAUGCAGGAGUUCUGUCCAUACGUCAGCUGGACACCCAGCUGGUGUCGCUCAAGAGACAGGUUCAGUCGAUCAAACAGACCAACAGCAGUUUGAAACAGAGUCUGACUGAAGGUGUUGUUGCCUUCAGUCCUGCAGAGCCUGCCCUGAAGAUGAACUCUCGUUGGACCACAGAGGAGCAGCUGCUGGUCGUGCAGGCCAUCCGUCGCUACGGUAAAGACUUCACAGCCAUCGCUGAGGUGAUCGGCACUAAGACACCCCCUCAGGUGAGUUCGUUCUUCGUCAGCUACAGGCGGCGCUUCAACCUCGACGAGGUGCUGAGGGAGUGGGCCGCUGAGCAGGUGGCCACCAGCCGAGACCAGAGAGACCCCAGGAGGAGCGGCGAGGAGGUGGCAGCAGCUGCCGACGGAGGAGUCGAGGAGGAGGAGGAGGAGGUCAAGAUGGACAACUCCCCCACAGAUCCAGCCAGCAGCUCCUCUCCCCCCUCCGCCUCAGUCACCCCUUCCUCCCUUUCCCAGCCGCCCCCUCUGCUGCGCCCGGCUCCACCCUCCGCGCCCCCGAGCCUCCUCCGGCAGCCGCCUCCUCUUCAGACGCGGCCGCUCCAGAACCGAGCGCCGCACAACCACCCUCCCCCUCCGCUGAUCCGGCCCGCGGUGACGACCUCCUCCUCCAUUCUCAGGGGUUCUCCUCCCAGCUCCUCCUCCACCUCUUCUGCUUUAUGCCAGAUUCCUCCAUCACUGCUCGGCCUGAAAGUAGAGCAGCCUAAUUCCCACUGAUCCACCAGUUUGGAAACAAAACACACAAAUUGGCGUCUAUACAAACAUCUUCAUCAUCAUCAGCUGGGAUAAUUUUAUCACUCAGGUCUUUAAAUGACCCCUUUUACUGCUACCUCCAGCCCACAGCUACACAUCCAUCCAACAACUUUAAGGAUUAACACUAAACACAGAAUCUAAAGGAGAAACUGCAUCUUUUAGCUUUUGAUUAUUAUUUGAUUAAACAACCGCUGAACAUCCGAAUAGUGAAACAGAAACAAACCUUUCUGUACCCGUAGUUGAAAUCCUACAGCCGCCUGUCAGGAAAACAGGAGGAGUUUCCUAUCUGAGCCUAACCUGCUUUUAAAGACGGGUCAUGUGAAGAAUUCGCUUUUAUUUCUGAGCUUUGCUUUAAAUUUUAGAUCCUGAAAGAUGAGGAAAAGGAUACAAAAGUGUAGAGAAGCUGAGUUUGUUGUUGUGGCUUUGAUAGUUGAAUCUGUUGCUUCCAGCUGGAGUUAACACCUCCAGCUCUUCAGUCAUAACCGUGUGAACUAGUUUAAACUGGAGUGAUGUUUAAGGUUUUGUUGACUAGGUGAGUCCUAGAUAGACUAUAGUGACUAUAAGUAGUUUAGAUUAUGCGUACUUAAUUGUGACUGAGCACAGAGGAGCAAAUGACAAGUUGUUCUCACUGACUGAAAACUGAAUACAGGCCUGUGUGGAGAACCUGUUGAACUCCAUCUGUGUCCAAAAAGAGUCUGAAGAAAAACUCCCCUUCAGUCUCCGUUUUUACGCUAUCAGACAAGACGACAGGAAAGUGUCACUGAUAACAAAAGAACAAAAACAAACUGACAGAAAUCUUUUUCUUUGAGGAUAAAAACAUACCAAGGGUUCGUUCAGGCUGCAAGAGAGAGCAAGACUUUCAGCAGAUAACAUGAAGGCUGAACAAAGUAAAACUUCUACAGGCAGGCUAUAAAAAUGUGAAAACUGGCUUUUAGAUGAAGAGAAAUCUGUAUGGGUCACAGCUCUGAUGCAUCAGGAUGACUCCUGUUGAUAUUUUGGAGGAGAUGCUGAGAUUAACGGCAGCUUUCUGCUUGUUAGACUCAUCCGAUCAGGAAGGAGGAGGUGUAGAAGGUCUGAGGAGAUCUGGAGGAACUUCCUGCUGCAAUUUCAACCACUUGAUAACUUAAGCCAUCACAAGGAAAUGUUGCAUUUUCUGUCCCCAUUUUGUCUCCAGCAUGCUCUUUAAUGCUGCCUAAUGUUAUGUGAUGCGUUCAUGAACAAGUUCAGACACUGUUGAGUCUUCGGGACGAUGUUUUCCUAAAGUAUCCUCUUCUCCUUCACUUGGACACGAGUCCUAACUGGAAACAGAAGCAGUCCCACUCACUUGGUUUGGCUUUAAAGAGGACUGCCUUUUGAUUUGUUUUUUUGUUCGUUUCUCCUAAAAACAAAAAUAAAAAAACCUGCUUGUUUGUUUGUACCAUAUGUGAGUUGUUUACACUGUGGAGACAGAACUGAUUCUGUCAAACAUUUUUGAAUAAAACCCAAAAUGAUCAGUUUUAA